GUUGGGUCAGGGGUUCCAGAGUGCAACGCUGGCAGCUGCAGCGCAAGGGUCAAGCACGCUAUGCGAGCCCAACGGAUCCUGCCUCUUCUCUCGCCUCGAAGCCUUUGCUGGCGCCCCGCCAGGCCACAGACGAGGAGCGCUCCUAGGAUGUUCGGCGCUGUUGCUGGUGGAGCGGCGCCCAGUCGGCGGCUGGACCUGCGGGGUAUCUACCCGCCCCUGACCACCCCCUUCACCUCGCAAGGAGAGCUGGAUUAUAGCCGUUUAGAGGACAACAUCCGCCUCUACGAUAAGACCCCCUUCCGAGGUUUUGUGGUGCAGGGUUCCACUGGAGAGGCUCCCUACUUAACACAGCAGGAACGUAUGGAAGUGGUGAAAAGGCUGCGACAAGCUGUGCCCAAGGAAAAACUGCUGCUUGUUGGGUCUGGAUGUGAAACAACUCGGGGGACUAUUGAGAUGACAGCACAAGUGGCUGACAAAGGGGCUGAUGCUGCUCUUCUGGUGACUCCAUGCUAUUACAAGGGGAGCAUGACCAGUGCUGCCUUGAUCCAUCAUUACACAGAGGUGGCUGAUGCAUCUCCAAUCCCUGUGAUACUCUACAGUGUCCCAGCCAAUACAGGCCUGGAGCUUUCCAGUGAUGUGGUGCUCACCUUGGCACAGCACCCCAACAUUGUGGGGAUCAAGGAUAGUGGUGGUAAUAUUACUCGCUUGGGGCUGCUUGUCCAUAAGACUCUGCAUGAAGAUUUCCAGGUACUGGCAGGAUCUGCUGGUUUUCUGCUGGCCAGUUACAUUGUAGGUGUCGUUGGAGGAAUCUGUGCCCUUGCCAAUGUGCUUGGUGCACCUAUUUGUGAACUUGAGAGUCUCUGCCAUACUGGAAGUUGGGACAAAGCCCGUGAAUUGCAGCACCGACUCAUUGAGCCAAACCUAGCAGUGACCAGCAAAUUUGGAAUCCCAGGCCUCAAGCAGGCUAUGGAAUGGUUUGGUUACUAUGGAGGACUCUGUCGCGCCCCCUUGCUCCCAUUAAGCAAGACACAAGUGACAGAGUUGCACCAGGAUUUCAGCUCUAAUGGUUGGUUGUGAAGGGCCAAGCAAUGACUGGAAGUCUGAGAUGGUCUACAUGGUUUUUGCUAUUUCACCAGGCAUCAACUUACGCACACUCCUUGCAAAUUAGUAAAAUACAACUAAUUCAACCUAUGGUGUAUACACUGGUGUGCUUGAAAGAUCAAAUGCUAUACUAGCAAUAAAACAGAGGAAGGAAGUUUCAAAUGCA